AUGUCCCCCUGGGCGACUCACCCAGCGCCUCUUCCUGAUGCAGCCGCCCUCCUCGCCGACAAAAAGGCCCCAAUGAAGCUCGCCUGCGUCUCAACUGCAAAAGAUACCCACACAGAGCAGGCAUCUGCUGAGUCAGACCCUUGGUUUAUCAGGCAAAAAAGCGCCAACCAGACACAGCAGUGGCGUGGAGACGAGCGGACCACGAACCCCCCGAGCAAAGACUGUUUGUCCGAUGGAAGUUUAUCUUUGAUACUGUAUGCUGUGGUGAGCCAGAUCGACAAGCUGACUUCGGACUUUGAGUUCGACCUGGAGCCGGACGAUUGGACGACAGCGACCGUGAGCAGCACGUCCAGCAGCGAGAAAGGAGGGGGCAUGUUUGACCUGGGUCACCUGGAUUUCAUGACCUCAGACAUCCUGUCCGACAGCUGGGAGUUCUGUUCCUUCUUAGAAGCCUCCACUCCGUCAGACUCUGGCGAUGGCUCUGAACAGCAACAACAGGGGCGUCAGCCCGACUACCGGCUGAUGAACGGCGGGGUGCUGAUCCCCAAUGGACCCCGGGUAGAAACCCCAGACUCUUCCAGCGAGGAGGCCUUCAGCUCCGCGCCGAGCCACAAAGCCCAGCACCAGAGGACGCCAGGCACCAGGGAACGGGUGCGGUUUAGCGACAAAGUCCUCUACCACGCUUUGUGCUGUGACGACGACGAAGACGCGGACAGCGGGCCACCUCCUGAGGAGCCUCCGGAGGAGCCCAGAGAACUGGCUCACAAAGCAGUGCCUGUCGCCAAGGCGACACCGCGGCGGUCGCCUCACCUCAGUAGCGCUCAGCAACGGAAACUGACGCGCAACAGCAGCACCCAAACGGUGUCGGACAAAAGCACGCAGACGGCGCUGCCCUACAUUUCGGCCAAGCAGAAAAUCAAAGGCAAAAACUGA